GUUUUGGGGACUCCACUGGUGAACCUACAGAGGCCGGUCUGUGUACUGAUGUCUUAUACUUGUACCACUGGGUUAAGGCACGUAGUGGAAACAGCCCGGUGUGUGUGUGGGGUCACUCGCUUGGUAGUGGUGUUGCAUCUACCACUGCAGUUAAAUUACUAGUACAAGGAAAACAGUUUGAUGGAAUAAUACUCGAGGGUGCAUUCCUAAAUGCGAGGAUGGAAACUAAUAAACUUACUAAACACCCUUUUACCUGGUUUUAUUGGAAGUUCCCAUACAUUCAGUACUUCUUGUUCAAUCCACUGAAAAACAAAGAUUUGAACCUUCCAACUGAUGAGAAUUUGCAAAAAAUUCAAACUCCCCUCAUGAUUCUCCACGCUGAAGAUGACCAUUUAGUGCCCUUUGCCUCAGCUCAAGAGAUCUACAGAAUUGCAAAAAAGGCCCAAAACUCAGAUGAGCAUGUCAAGCUAGUACGAUUUGAUGGAGCGCUUGGAUACCUUCAUAAUGGGCUGUAUAAAGACCCUGGUUUGCCAAAUAUCAUAAGGUGAUGUCACUCUCUGAAA